UAUUUUUUUAAAAUCUCAAUUCUUAAAAUAAUUGUUUGCUUUUUAUUUUAUUGGUGUGAUGUCAUCCAAUAUUGCUCUAAAAUACACAUUAGGUAGUUUUUUUCUCUGUGUUAAAGUGACCUUUGACUCUAUUACCAUUAGAUCCCUCAGCGAUCCUCUUUGUGGGACCAUUUUUUCUCAAUUUCUGGGCACUCGGUUGUUUAUUUGUAAGGCCUUGUUGAUUUGAAAAUUUCUUCAGGAACCAGGUUCCCCUCUUACCCAACAGGUGUACCAGGCCCCAGGCUUGGUCUGCACCUAUGCCCAUCACCUCAUUGUGGGAGGGGUUGUGUCUCUGCCUCUGUCAGAUAUGAGGGGACUAGACCAGGCUGCAGAACACUGUUGACUUCCAAGGUGAGAGCCGCUUAGAUCAAGCAGCACUGGAAAUCUCAGUGUUCAUGAGUUUGACAUUCUGGUUCCAGGUCUUGGAGCUGACAAAUAACUUUUGAGCAAGCCAAGUAUUCAAUCCCACAUUAUCUGAAUGAUGAUUUCAUUUUCAGUCUUUAACAUACUCAGAAUCUGCUAUGUCUCAGUAAAAGCCAUUUUUUAUGAUUAUGUGUGUAUAAGUUUAUAUCACUUGUUCUUGUACUUUGCUUCAAGGUUCCAAGUACACUCAAGUACACUGAGUGUACUGCAUUUGAUUUGCUUGCUUAUUGUCAUUUCCCAAAAAAGCAUGAGCUCAGGAGUCCUAGGAAUCGAGUUCCGUUCUGGCCUCCCCCAUCCUCCUGCACAUGUUGGUGAAGAGGUGCCUUAUUGAAAUAGAAUAUGUGGGAUGUUUCAGGACACGGUGGUCUUUGCGGAUGUGGCUGUGUACUUCACUCAGGAAGAGUGGGCUUUGCUGGAUGGUGCUCAGCGGAAGCUCUACAGAGAAGUGAUGUUGGAGACCUUCAGGAACCUGGCCUCAGUGGUUGUUACAGAUUGUUUCACUCAAGUUAAAACCCGUGCAUCAUGUCCUGGGCAGGAUACUUUGGAGAAUGAAAUAUCCAGUGAAGGGAAAAUACUAAGAUUCACAAGAAAUGAUUCCUGGUCUGUUUUUAGAGACAACUGUACAGUUUAUAACAUUGCAGAUCAGCACCAACCCCAAGAGAGGCAUUUGAGAAGUCAUUUUGUGGAGAAUCUCUGUGAAACUAAUGAACGUAUUCAAUGUGGAGACACCCUGAACCGGAUCACAGAUCUUCCUGUGCAUGAGAGACAUCUGACUGGAGUUAAACACUAUGAAUGCACUAAGUGUGGAAAAGUCUUCACAGAUUGUUCUUUCCUUAACAAUCAGCAAAAAUCUCUCACUGGACACAAGCCUCAUCAAUGUGAGGAAUGUGGACAAGUCUGCAGGUGUGUCUCGUGCCUAAGUUCUCAGGUGGAAAUGGACCUUGUGGAGAAACCCUAUCAACGUCCAGAUACUGGGAGGGCAUCUAAGAGAUAUGUGAAGAGUCUCAGUAAUAAAAAUUCUAUUGAGUGUAAGAAAUGUGGAAAAGCUUUCACUUGCCACUCAUUCUUUCGGGGACAUGUGAGAGGUCAGUGUGGACAGAAAAUCCACGUGUGCAAAGUAUGUGGGAAAGCCUUUAUGUAUUACUUUUACCUUACAAGACAUGUGAGAACUCACACUGGAGAGAAAUCCUAUGAGUGUAAGGCAUGUGGGAAAGCUUUUGGUAGUCUGAAAUACUUUAGAAGACAUGUGAGAACACACAGUGGAGUGAAACCCUAUGUAUGUAAGGAGUGUGGGAAGGUCUACAGGUAUCUCACAAAUCUGCAAGAACAUGAAAGAACACACAGUGGGGAGAGACCCUACGUAUGUCAGCACUGUGGGAAAACCUUUAGUCGUCACUCGUCCCUUCGAGGGCAUGUGAGAACACACAGUGGAGUGAAACCCUAUGAAUGUCAGCAAUGUGGGAAAGCUUUCAGGUUUCCUGCAAACCUUCAAGUACAUGUGAGGACACACACAGGGGAGAGACCCUGUGAAUGCCAGCACUGUGGGAAAGCAUUUAGAUAUGCUGCAUCCCUACGAGUACAUGUGAGGACACACACUGGGGAAAGACCCUAUGAAUGUCAGCAGUGUGGGAAAGCCUUCACUAGUCACUCUUACCUUCAAAAACAUGUGAGAACACAUAGUGGGGAGAAAUCCUAUGAAUGUAAGGAGUGUGGGAAAGCUUUUAGGCAACUUCAACAUUUUCAAGGUCACAUGAGAAUACACAGUGGAGUGAAACCCUAUGAAUGUAAAGAAUGUGGGAAAUCCUACAGUUUUCUCUCAUCCCUUCGAAUACAUGUGAGAAUGCACAGUGGGGAGAGACCCUUUGAGUGUCAGCAAUGUGGGAAAGCCUUUAGUCGUCUCUGCUCCCUUCAAGGGCAUAUGAGAUCACACACUGGGGUGAAACCCUAUGAAUGUAAGGAGUGUGGGAAAACCUUCAGGUAUCCUGACAACCUGCGAGUACAUGUGAGGACACAUACUGGGGAGAAACCUGAUGAAUGUCAGCACUGUGGGAAAGCAUUCAGGUAUCCCACAUCCCUGCGAAAACAUGUGAGAACACACAGUGAAAAGAAUACUGAAUGUCAGCAAUGUGGGAAAGCCUUCACGUAUCUUGAAUAUCUACAGCAUAUGUGAGGACACACGAUGGACAGAAACUCUGAACACAAGGACUGUGGGAUGCCUUCAUUCUUCUUUAAAAUUUUGUUUUAAAUGAGAGCAAACACUGGAGAGAAACUGGAUGGAAAGAAUGUGGAAAAGCCAUCAGAUGUAGCAUUUCACUUAUUUUGUACAUGAAAACUCAGAGCUGGACUGAAAUCUUUUAAUUAUUAUAAAUAUGGUAUUGCCUUUGUAAAUAGUUCAUCCUUAA